AUGUAUGAAAGGUUUCAAAAACAGCAUCCUCCUAAAUUUGAUGGGAGUACUGACCCUACUAUUGUUGAAGAUUGGAUGUGUAGAAUGAGGUCGAUUAUGAAUUUCAUGAGAGUAACAGGAAAUGACAGAGUGGUAUGUGCUACCCAUAUUUUUAGAAAGGAUGCCAGAAUAUGGUGGGAAGUGAUUGAGCAGACUAUAGAGGUUAACUUAAUGACUUGGAAAGACUUUUGUGAGGUCUUCAACAAUAAGUUUUACAAUGAAGCAGUACGAGCAACUAAGAUCGAUGAGUUUACGGUGUUGUCGCAAGGCAACAUGACCGUUGCGGAAUAUGCCCAAAAAUUUGACAGGUUGGCCAAAUUUGCUGCAGAUCUAAUUCUGACAAAUAGAGUCAGAAAAUAUCGAUUUGUUCGAGGAUUAAAACUAAUGAUAACACGAGAUAUAGAGAUGGUCUCUACUGGGGGGAUUGUUACCUAUGCUCAAGCUCUUGACCAAGCACUUAUUGCAGAAUGA